UCCAGCACAAAUUCUUUACAAAUUUAACUAACGACUAUAAAACUUUGGGUUCCGCCAAACACUGUAAAGGAGAAACCAGUCAGUAGCAGCUGCGGCAGAAGUGGAAGCUGUGUAUUAUGUGCUCGUAAACUUCAGAUCUCUUCGCCUCUGCUUCUUCAGGCAAACUUCGGUCUAAGAGGAUCAAAGCAAUGUCUCGGAGGCCAGUAAAUCCAAUUUCUAGACGUUUUGCUGAGAGUGCAGUUACACCAUCAGGCAGUCCUUCUCACCAGAAGGCUCGAUCAUCACCUAUACUUUCACUUGGCUUGGUCGUUCUGGGUGCGUUUCUUCUUCUGGGUUACUCAUACAGUGGUUCAGGCUCGACAAACAAAGGAUAUUCUAGGGAGGACAGAACUAGAGAGGCUUUGAGUAAUGAAGAAGAUAUGUCCUGUGGUUCAGAAAUCAUAAAGGCUUUACCAAUCCUGCGAGAAGUUUAUGGUGAGAAUGCACACAAGGUGCUGCACGUAGGUCCUGAAUCAUGUGCUGUCACAUCCAAACUGUUGAAGGAAGAGGACAUUGAAGCUUGGGGCAUUGAUCCAUUUGAUAUAAUACCCCCACUAGACAAUUCCUGCAAAAGUUUGAUUCGCAAAGGUAUUGUUCGGGUGGCUGAUAUCAAGUUUCCACUACCUUAUAAAGCACAAUCAUUCUCCAUUGUUCUUGUUUCGGAUGCUCCUGACAGCUUGUCUCCAAAAUACCUGAAUAAGACACUUCCAGAUCUUGCAAGAGUCUCAAUAGAUGGACUUGUUAUGUUUGUUGGCCAACCAGGUCAUCGAUCUUCAACAAAAACAGCCCAAAUUAUUCAACAGAGCGUUGGGAGGCCUCCAAAGUUGCGAGGUAGAGCUUGGUGGCAAAGGUCCUUUGAAGCUAUGGGUUUGCAGGAAAACGAAAGUAUGUCUAAAAAGUUCGAGGAACUCAAGAUGAAAAGGUCGUACAAUUUUAACUGCCAAAUAUUUCACCUGAGCUCCGAUCUUUCACUCUGAGCAACCUUGAAUGCUUUGCAGUUGGAUCACAUGGAUGCUUCUCUCCGUAAGAGUGGGGAGAACUUGAGAGCUAUUAUGACUUUAUACAUGAUGAUAUUGCAGAAUUUUUGUUUGGUAAAUUGAGUUCUGGCUACGAGGAGAAUUCUCUAAGUUUAUGUUCAAUUUAUUCAUUAAUGCCUUUUAUUUUAUUUUCUUGAGUUCAGCUACAAUGAAAUUCUUGUUGCCACAUUUUUAGAAACUAUGGGCUUCUCUGUAAUUUAGUGCUAGUUCAAAUAUGAAAAUUGUCCCUGGAGAAAUAUUUAGUGCUCUAGUGCAAGUUAUGAGAGAAUAUAUGGAUGCCUUGAUGUUCAUCUGA